AUGGGUAGUUUUCAGACCGUCACUUUUGACGGCCCUAAAACCAGCUGCUCUGUUUCUCUGUUUUCGUAUAUUUACCUCUCACCCUUUGACUCUGAUCCAGAAACCGCUUCCCAAAAUUUUUUCUUCAACACCGCUUAGCAAAAAUUCAAAGUAGAACCCGAAGAAGAUACUAUAACUAAUAAAUUAUCGUCUUCUCUCGACGGAAAGCGUUGAAUUCAUUCGAUCUGUUGGGGAGAGUUUUUAUUUUCUAUUUAUUUGAUUUUUAGUAGGUUAUCUGUAAAUGAGAAUCUAAAGAGAGAGAAAAAAAAAACUGAAUUUGUGGUAUUUCGAUUUGAUUUUCUUUCAAUUGUUUACCGAUUUUAGAGUUCGAACUAUAUAUAGAUGGAAUCGAAUGUGAUGUUUUCUGGGUUUAGUCCAACAAUGUUAACCCUCGAGAUUCCUCAGAACCCUCCAAAUCCUCAAAACCCGGUUCAGUUCCAGCAUCCCCAUCCGCAUCCUUACACAACCGCCGACCAGCAGACUCAUCAACAACAACAACAACAACAACAACAGAUGAAACCCUUAUACCCUUCUCCUUACGCAACACCCAAGCCCACCACCACCAAACAACAGCUCUCACCUCUAAGCGUCGGCGUCGGCGUCGGAGGAGGAGAAGAAGAAGACGACCGCGGGUCGGGCUCCGGAUCCGGGUGCCACCCGGAAGACAGCAGCGCGGGAACCACCACCACCGACGGAAAAAGAAAGAUCUCCCCGUGGCACCGGAUGAAAUGGACCGACACGAUGGUCCGUCUCCUCAUCAUGGCGGUCUUCUACAUCGGCGACGAGGCCGGCGGUUUGGGAGGAGGAGAUCAAACCGCCGACGCCGCCGCCAAGAAGAAGAUCUCCACAGGGAUACUGCAGAAGAAAGGCAAGUGGAAGUCGGUGUCGAGAGCCAUGGUGGAGAAAGGCUUCUCGGUGUCGCCGCAGCAGUGCGAGGACAAGUUCAACGACCUUAACAAGAGGUAUAAAAGAGUCAACGACAUACUCGGGAGAGGGACGGCUUGCCGCGUGGUUGAGAAUCAGGGGUUGUUAGAGACGAUGGAUCUUCGGCUCACUCCGAAGCUGAAAGACGAGGUGAAGAAGCUGCUCAACUCUAAGCAUUUGUUUUUUAAAGAGAUGUGCGCUUAUCACAACAGCUGCGGGCAUCUCGACCAGCCGAACGUACCGGAUCAGGUUGUUAUUCCGGUUCCGGUUAUUCAGUCUAAACCGGAUCAGCAGGGGUGUUUUCACGCGGGAAAAAUAGCGAGGGAGGUGGAGGAGGAAGAGUCUGAUAUGGCGGAGGAUUCGGAGACUGAGAUUGAGGAUACGGACGAGGAGGAGGAGGAAGAGACGAGAAGGAAGAAGCGGAGGAGAGUGGAAGGAGUGUCCGUGAAGAGGAUGAGAGAGGAGACGGCGCGCGUGCUGGAUGAUCCAGGGAAGAGCGCGUGGGAGAAGAAGGAGUGGAUGAGGAGGAAGGCGUUGGAGCUGGAGGAGAGGAAGGUAGGGUACGAGUGGGAAGCUGUGGAGAUGGAGAAGCAGAAGGUGAAGUGGAUAAGGUAUAGGAGCAAGAAAGAGAGGGAGAUGGAGAAGGCUAAGCUCGAGAACCAGCGGCGGAGUCUUGAGACGGAGAGGAUGGUUCUGAUUCUCAGGCGGAGGGAGAUUGAGAUUACGGAGCUGCAGUUGGCCGGUAAACGGGUUGACCCGAGUUCAGCAACCGGGUGAGCUGAUUAGUGUUAGGAUUUUUUUUGUGUGUUUGGGUCGAUUUAUAAAAAAGGUUCGAUUUAUAAAAAAAGUUUCAUUAGUGUUUCAAAUCAGGAGGAUGCCUACUUAGGAUUCUUAUAUUUUCGACAUAAAUAGCACAUUAUGUAUUCCUUAAAUAAUCUAAAACGUAUUUAAAGGAUGAUUAAUAGGUAA